GCAGCAUGCUGACGGAGAGGACAUCGUGGUUUAACUAUUACAACAGUUUGUCGUUUUAAACGAUUAUUUAACAGCUACAGUUUGAGGUUUGACGACCUUUAACCCGACAAGUCGAAGAAAGCCUUCAGAGAUCUUUACACCAUGCCUCAUCGAAAGAAGAAGUCGUUCAUUGAAAAGAAGAAGGCUGUGACCUUUCACCUCGUCCACAGGAGUCAGAGGGAUCCGCUGGCUGCUGAUGAGAAAGCCCCACAGCAUGUCCUCCUGCCCGCCGCCAAGGUGGAAGUAGAUAAGAGGCGCGAGGAGCAGAGGAAUUUCGGCGUCUUCUUUGACGACGACUACAAUUACCUGCAGCACCUGAAGGAGUCGGCCAGCCAGACCGAGCUGGUGGCGUCCGGCCCCUCGCACGCCGAGAGACAAGAGUUUCAGCUCCAUGAUGAAGAGGAAGAGGACGAAGGGGACAUGGACACCGCUGCUCCUGCAGCGACCAUCAAUCUGCCUUCUUCAGUGUUCGCCUCAGAAUUUGAAGAAGAUGUCGGACUUCUGAACAAAGCUGCUCCCAUCUCAGGACCCCGUCUGGACAUGGACCCGGACAUCGUGGCCGCUCUCGACGAAGACUUUGACUUCGACGACCCCGACAACCUCCUGGACGACGACUUCAUCACCAUGGCCAACAGCGCGAGUGCAGCAGGACGCACGAGAGGUGAUGACGAAGAUGAUGACGAGGAGUGGGAGGAAACGGACGAGGAAAGCGACACUGACUCUGAGGGUGGAUUUUCGGGGGAGGAAGGGCGCGGUCGCGAGUUUAUGUUCAUGGACGAGGAGACGAAGAGUCGCUUCACGGAGUACUCGAUGACGUCGUCGGUGAUGAGGAGGAACGAGCAGCUGUCCCUGCUGGACGACCGCUUCGAAAAGUUUUUUGAACAGUUUGACGACGAUGAGAUCGGCGCUCUGGACAACGCUGAGCUGGAAGGCUUCAUAAAUCCGGACAGCGCUCGUCUGGAGGAAGUUAUCAAAGACUACUUCAAACAGAAAGAGAAAGAAUACCAGAGACCUGAUGACCUGGGUCCAAAAGAACUUCCUGUUUUGAAGGAGGAGGAAGAAGAAGAUGAGGAAGGGGAAGAGGAAAUGGAAACUCUGGUGAUCAAGGCCCCAGAUGAGAAGUGGGACUGUGAAACCAUCAUCAGCACAUAUUCCAACAUAUAUAACAGACCCAAAGUCAUCAAAGAGCCUCCAAAGGAGAAGCCGAUCCUUGUCUCCAGUAAGACGGGCAUCCCGCUGGACGUUCUCCCCUCCAGAGGUCCGACCAGCAAGCAGGUGGAGCGCAUGACGAUGAUCAACGACUCGGACCUGCCCCGCGUCUCCACCCAGCCCCGAUGCAAGGAGGAGAGCUCGGAGGAGAGGAAAGCCAGGAAGCAGGCCAUCAAGGAGGAGCGCAAGGAGAGGAGAGUCGAGAAGAAAGCCAACAAGAUGGCGUUCAAAGAGGAGAAAGUCCGACAGGAGAAGCAGAUGUUGAGCCUGAGGACGAACGUUCAGGGGUUGAAGCUGUAGUAGCCGACCGCGGACGCUCGGCCCGCACAGACUUUUUCUAUCCGUUGGCGUUGGUCGGUUGGCGGUCACGCUGCGCUGAGCUUCAGUGGAGCUGACAGGACGACAAACAGCCCCAAAACAAAGAGGACUGACGGGUUUCUGACAGACUUUAUAACAGAGCCGAGGGUUCCUCAGUUCACCGUGAGAGACCUUUAAUUUAACCCUGCUUUGAAUAAAAAAGGAGAAACUUUAUCUACAGUCAACCAGCUCAGGUCAUUGAGUCAAAUCUGUAUGAUAUGAGUCAAACUGUUGGCUUUGAAUAUCUGCAAAUACAAGACGACCAAUAGAAAAUGAAUCAGCAGCUAUUUUUCGAAUCGGAUUGUUUUUCAGUUUUUAAGCAAAAAUGCUGAAACAUUUUCUGUGUGAGCAUUUCAUAGUUUUCUUCGUCUCCUGUGAUGUUAAACUGAAAGACUUGAGGGUUUUGGAUCGUCCAAUUAAAUCACUCAAAUAUUCUGCAGAUUAAUCGAUAAAAUAAUCUUUAUUUGCAGCCUUGUCUGGUCAGAUUGGUUUCAGUGUAUCUUCCACAGCUGCUCAUGUUACUUAAGAACACUGCCUUCUUCUGCUAAAUGGAAAAUACCUCAAUAAAGAUUUUAAAAUAUAUAGUUUGCAUCUCUACCGAACCUGAUUUGUAUGAAAAGCCCUGAGUUAAUAAAUGAAAAUAUCAAUAUUGUUGUAUAUUCUUUAUUAAAAAAGAC